AUGGGGUCCGAGACCUCCCUCAAAGGUGAGAGGAUCCUGGGCUAUGCGGAGGAGCCUUGCUACCUGUGGUUCGUCAUGGAGUUCUGUGAAGGGGGCGACCUCAACCAGUACGUGCUCUCACGAAGACCUGACCCAGCGACGAACAAGAGCUUCAUGCUGCAGCUGACCAGCGCCAUUGCCUUCCUGCACAAGAACCAUAUAGUCCACCGGGACCUGAAACCAGACAACAUCCUGAUAACCGAGAAGUCUGGCACCCCUGUUCUCAAGGUGGCUGACUUCGGGCUGAGCAAGGUCUGCGCUGGCCUGACUGCUCGGGGCAAGGAGGGUGGGCAUGAGAACAAAAAUGUGAAUGUGAACAAGUACUGGCUGUCUUCGGCUUGCGGCUCCGAUUUCUACAUGGCGCCCGAGGUCUGGGAGGGGCACUACACUGCCAAGGCUGACAUCUUUGCCCUUGGCAUCAUCAUCUGGGCCAUGAUUGAGAGGAUAACUUUCAUCGAUGCGGAGACCAAGAAGGAGCUGCUGGGGACCUACAUCAAGCAGGGGACUGAGAUUGUGCCCGUUGGGGAAGCGCUGCUAGAAAACCCAAAGAUGGAGCUGCACAUCCCUCAGAAACGCAGGACUUCCAUGUCUGAGGGCAUCAAGCAGCUCUUGAAAGACAUGUUGGCUGCUAACCCACAGGAUCGACCUGAUGCCUUUGAGCUUGAAACCAGAAUGGACCAGGUUACAUGUGCUGCUUAAAUUCAGGGCAGGGCACCGCUGUGCUUUGCAGCUGGGUUUAUUUACCAGGGACCCAUAAUCUCCAUUAUUUACAUUCAACGAGGGAAGUCAAAGAUAAGGGAAGGUGAUGAUACCGAAGAUCCCUGGUCUGCAGGAUCUCUGGCAAUGUGAAAUCUUUGGGUUUUUCUUUGUUUUGUUGGGAAGGGGUGUUCUGGGGGUGCGGGAGGGGGCUGCAGCGGCCUGGAGAAGAGCGCAAGCUGGCAGCUAUCAUGCUCAUGAGACUUCUAAACAAGAUCCAGAGAGCAGAGCUGCCCCUGCCCAGCCCUCCCCGUGUCUCCUGUGCUGCCACAGACUCAGUAGGUGUUUUUAGAGAAGAUCUGGUUCCACAAGGAGGUGGGAAUCGGCAGCUCGGCAACUUUGGGUUUAAAGCUAUCGCUUUUGCCUAGGGGAAACGGGAGCAAAGUGAUUGCUAGGUUUGUACCGGGAGUGCAGUGCUUUAGACAAAGUGAGCCUCUGGGACCACGUGUUGCAAGCAGCGAAGUAAUUUCAUAGCCAGGCAGGUUCUGAAUAGGUGGGUGCUGCCCAGGCUGUGAGCAGCUGACGUUAGGACAGAGAAGCAUAAACAAGCUGGAAAGCCUUUUGGCAAGGUGGGGCUGCUGCAGCGACGGGCAGACCUUCGUGCUCCCUGAGCUGGGUUUCAUCGGCGGCGUCUGUGACGGCCCUUCCGCACGGAGGGCAGCGGGGAGCCCGUGGGCACGCUUCCAGGUGGGCACGCUUCCAGGUGGGCACGCUUCUGGGUGGGCAUCGUCUGUGUACAAGAGAAACAGAAAGCAGUCUGCUACUCCGAUCCGUUUAACGCCAACCUUCACUUGGUGGGAACAAAACCUGGGAGAGGAGGAGGUUUGGCCUAAAUGGCUCACGGGCUGGAUCCUCGCCUCCGGCGAAACACUUUUCCCUGCUAGAUAACUAUGUCCAGGAAGCAAAAGGCAAUGCUGCUGUUUGGGUUUGGUUUCAGGACAGUACAGCUCAGGUAAGGAGAUUGGAACCUCAGGCUGAGCAGUUAAUACUCUAUUUCCUUGCCUAUAUAUAGAGCAACACUAAUAUUCCGGGGCUGACCCCAUGUUGAUGGUCUUUAGACUUUGCUCACUGUAAAUGCGAUGUAAAGCACCACCUCUUCUCCACCCCGUGGGUUCUGAACCAACUAAACCCUUUCUCACCAGGCUAAAUCGCCCGGCAGCGGUUUGGGGGGCAGGCUGGUCUGACCCAGCAUCGCUCCCGAGCUGCUCAGCCCUUACCGCAGCCAGAGCUGGCCAGGGUCACCGGCAGAAGAGGGUCCCCCUGGUGACCCCCUCGUCCUGGGCUCUGGGAACUGCCCCUGGCCUGCGUGCAGGCUGCAGCUUUCCUGUGUCAUCCCUGGAAGGUUCCUGAACUGGCAGCACCUCCUUGUAUCUCCUCGUGUACUCUGCUGACCUUGUGGGAAUGAAUGGGAAUGCAGUCAGUGCUUGUGGCCAAGGCAGAGCUGAAGCAGGGAAAGGAGGGAGAGGUUUCUUUUUUUUUCUCUUCCAUCUAUUCCAGGACACAAAGCUAAGGCUGUCGCUGCAGGAAGGCCAGGUCCCGCUUAGGCAGACGAUGCCAGGAGGCUCCAGACCGUGUGUCUGUGACUCGUGAAGGUUUGCACAGCACAAAUUCGGCGCCAAGCCCCCGUUCCCACGCUGCCCUUCUGUUUGUUCCUAGAGAUGCUUCUGCAGGCCGAGGCCAGCCACAGCCGGACCGUGGCUGUACAGACUCCCUCCAGGCUGGCCACGGGGGUUUGGGCAGUUUGGGGUUGGUUAGCAGGUGCUGUGCUCGGUGCAGAGCGCUCUUGGGGGCUUUGAACGGCGCUUUGGCUGCUCUCGUUUCUCUCCGACAAGGAGCAGGUCCCUGCAGCGGCCGUGCCGGGGAGCUGCAGGCGGGUUUCUCCCCCAGCUCCCGGGGAGGGCUCGCAGAGCCUGGCGUCCCGCAGGAGGGCUGCGGUGAGACGAGAGCUGAACCCUGUAGUUCACAAGUACAGCGUUAGUGCCCUGAUCACUGGACUGUCCUUCCUCUGCCUGGCAGAGCCUUUGCUCCUGACUCUUGUAGCUGUUAGAACCUCACCCUGGCUUGAACGGGUGCGGGAAGAGGGCUCUGCCCUCCCAGCCCUGCUCACCUGGCUUUCCCUGCUGGAAGGGCCCCUCGCCGGGCGUUACGCCCCGGGAGAAGGGAGCUUCCUAGCAGGGGAUUUCCAUCUGUGGAAACCAAGCCCAAAACAGAGGACGUGGAGGUGGAAGGUGGUGAGUGGGCUGCUCGGCGGGGCUGCUGCCUCCAGCCAGCUGCCCGCACCCUGCUCCGCUCUGGGGACAGGAUUGGGCCUGGCAGGGUCACCCCUCACAGUCCGUUGCUGUUUCAGGCCAUCUCUUCAAGCCACACGUCUCCACCUCAGCUUUUGCAUUGCAAAUGUGUUUUCAAAGCAGCUUGAUGUUAGUGAGCUAGACCGUAGUGCCUUACGUAGGAUUUAGCAAACACUUCCAAGGACGAGACCUCGGGCUGCUAGCCUUUGGCCAGUGUGGAUGGCUCCUGGAUUAGUUUGUCCUUUUAAGAGCUUUUUGAUUUUGCUGCUGUUUGUGUUCCACUCCCCAGACUAUAUGGGAACCUGCCUUGUGUUUACAGCUCCUAGCAUCUCUCCUCCCAGUUACUUUGGCCCAGACCAGUGCUCCCUCUCAACAAGGUGGGAAUGGGGAACAAAAAAAACCUGUUGGGAUGGGGGAUGUUUAGGCUUUUCUUCCCAGCUGGGUCUAUCAGGCAUCUCCCGCCGGCCGAUCUCCCCACGCCAUAGGUGUUUUUGGCAUCAAGAUGUGCCGCUGGGAAAACUCGAGCUUAGGAAAGCAGCACCGAGCCUGCAGCCCAUUGCCCAGCCCGGGGCCAGGUUGUCUCCAUCUCCUCCUGGCCGCAGCAAAGCUGAG